UGAGCCGUCCGCCCGCAGGCUGAGGACCUGCUCGUAGCUGAGGGCAGGCGUGGCCUCGAGCUUUCACUCUCCUGCCGUCUCUCCCGUCGCUCUCGAGCCUUCUGACCCAGCGCGGGCUUCUCCCUUCCCCGAGCCUCUGCGUCCACGCCUGAAAAAUGGGUAUAAACCCGUUGCAUCGAUUGUGAGAAGGGAGGUCCUUAGCACCGUGUUUGACACGGUUGCUCUGCUGUGCUCCAUCACCUUCUAAAGAUGCAUCCUGACUUAUCUCCACACUUGCACACUGAAGAAUGCAACGUCUUGAUUAACUUACUUAAGGAAUGUCACAAAAAUCACAGCAUUCUGAAAUUUUUUGGUCAUUGCAAUGAUCUUGAUCGGGAGAUGAGAAAAUGCUUGAAGAAGGAGUACGUGGAAAAGAGGACCAAGAGCAGGGAGCUUGGCAAUGCGAUGCGAAAGAGACUUUCAAAUCCUCCAGAGGAAUCUGAAACAUAAAUUAUAUUAUCGCUGGAUGCCUUGGCUGAGAGAAGAUUUGAAGACUCUUGGUUGAUAAAACCAAAGGAAUCCUAUCUCAUUUGGUCUCCAGAAUCCUUUGAAUAGCAAGUGACCCAUGAGAAAUCGAGACAUGGAGAAAUACAGAAACCCUGGAUUCAGAAUAUUUGUUGGGCAGAGCCUUUAGUACUCUGAUUCCUUUACCAACACACCUGACUUUUAAUAUGGUUCUUUCUUUUGCCUGCAGCCAUUUAACAUUUGAGUAAUUUAUCACCCUCAAUAAAAUAAUUGAUUUUUAUCAUA